CGCCAAACUCCCAUCUUACUAUCACGUUCUGCCGUACAGCUCUAAUGUUGGUAUGUGGCCGGGAAUUAAUUGGAAAUGGCAUAUUCCAGAUUAAAAUGUGACAUGCGACGUAAGACUUUCUUUUUCUGGAAAUAUUUCAGGGACACGAAACUAUCACGGGGAACUGCUUAGAUACAACAAACACUUCAAGCCAGACCCUUACUGCUACGUUUCUGCAGGAUUUUGUAAAGCAGAAACAUACUUAUAUUCGUUGCACCUGACUCUACUCACUAUCCACCAUUACCCAGGAUGACCGCAGUCCAAUCUUCCCACCCCAGAUAUUCCCCAUAUGGCUCUCCAAGCCCAGAAAGUGGACAUCGUUCGGAGCGAAGCACUGUUUCUUCUGCUUGUAUACCAUGCCGGAGCAAACAUCUGAAGUGCGACGGACAUCAGCCUUGUUCGAGAUGUGCAACUCAGGGAUACGGUUGCAUAUAUCUGAAGUCUAGAAGAGGAUACAAGGGGCCUGCAGUGACCCGAAAUCAGUCAUCAGCGAUGGAGAGUAGCAAGAAAGAUAAUAAUGAACGCACCCGUCAAUGCAUUGCCAAUACUGCCAUGGCAAUUGACGAUUUAGUUCCUGAGUCAGUACCCAAUGACCUGAGUGUAUCGUUUGACUACGCACUCGUCAGCCAAAAUUGGGCUUCGAUACCACCCAGAGUUCAGAGUCCCAGCAUGAACAUCCGACGGAGAUGUAUGGAAGCUUUCUUCCAGUACUUCUACGCCGCUCACCCAUUCUUACCGCCGCAGCAACAGUUCUUUGAAUCUCUCAAAGUAGGUCCGGCUAGAGACCACCUCGAGACCGCAAUCAUCUACCUUGGGUCUCGUUACGUGAGAGGUGCUUCCCCUUCUGCGCAUUUAUUGGACUUGGAUUGCUUCAUACUCCAGCAAGAUCUCCCAAGAGAUGUUUCGACAGUUCAGGCUAUGCUCCUCUUUGCUCUUGGACUCGACGGAAACAAUGAGCGCAAGAAAGCCGUUGAGGUCCUCAUCAAAGCUCAAAAAUUCGCCUUAGAGCUCGGCAUGAACCAACGCGAGUUCGCUGUCUUGAACGGACGAGGGUCUGCUAUCUAUGAAGAGAGUAUCCGUCGGACAUGGUGGGAAAUCUACGUCGUGAGCGUGAUGGUAGCAGCUUUCCAUGGCAAAAGAGCGUGCCAAUUAUCUGGUGUCGUCUCAUCGACACCUCUACCAUGUGAAGAGAGGGACUUCAUAGACGGAAUCAUACCAGAAUUUCAUACAAUUGAGGACUUUGACGAUGACUCGUUCCUCGAUGAAGAGAUUGAAUGGUCGUCGUAUGCUUACCGAAUAGCUGCUGCCAGGAACUUAGAACGGAUAUUAAUGACGGACCAUGUCAUGUUUCCUGAAGACCCUAGGACGUACAACCUAGAUGCUCUCCUGGUAAACUGGAACUUCCAUUUGCCACCAUCGAAAGUGUCGAACUUUGAUCACGAUGGGACAUUUGAUGAAAUGAUGUUCCAGGCUCACAUGAUUACGAACUUAAGCUCUCUCCUCCUCCACCGACGCUUCACACCCCUCGACGUAUCCGCCCAACAAACAAUCAUGUCCUGUACUGCGCAAGGCACAGUCACAGCACACUGCUCCGGCAUCAACGAUAUCCAUGCCAGCAAAGCCACCCAAGCCGCAUCCAAUAUCAGCAAGCUCGUAGGCCUACCCACGACUCUAAUCCACCAUACUCAUUUCUUCAUCUGUGCUCUAACGCACUCAUCUAUCUCCCAUCUCUCGCUCUGGUCUCAGCUCCCAUUGAUGGCAGAAGACGACACACUCAAGGAGGAAAUCAGGAUGAAUGUGGGGGCACUGAGGGCCAUGAGAGCAGUUUGGCCGUCGGCGCAGACGGCGUUUAGUCAAGUUACGGUGGCGACGCAGAAGGUCUUUGAGAUGAGGAAGGAUGCUGUGGGGGAGGUGUUUUGGAGGGACUUGAUUGGUGAAGGGAAUGCAGAUGGGGAAGGGGAUCUGGACUUAUCUGCGUUGACGGGGAGUACGAUUACUGCUGAUGUUAGUUCUGGUACCUGAAUCAAGGUUCGCUUGUGGAAAAGGGGAGAGUUUGGCAGGAGGGUGGAUUUGUAAGUGGAGUUAUUCGAGUCAUGUAACACGAGGGGGCUUCGCUCGGCCAGAUUCGUUUGCAGACGAAUGAGAUCCAGGCAGGAGAACCCGCACACGCAAAAGAAAAGUAGGCAGAAUUGUACAAAUGCAACAAUAUUCCAAGCCAACCCAUGAAUUCCAA